CAAAGAGCGAGAGCCCGGAGAGAAGCGGGAGGGAGAGGGAGGAAGACACUCGCACGCCGAGACUCGGGCACCAGAAUUCCAUUAGAAAAAAGUGAGCCGGCCAAGGGGUAGCGAAAGAAGGUGUUUUUGAAUCUUUCCUUCGUCUUGGAGAGAAAGAAGCGACUCCAGUCUCUCGUCCUCCAAGCUCUCGCUGGAUUGUUCCCUGGCGCUUCCCCCAUCGGUGGAUUGCUUUCUAUUUGCGUUUUUUUUUUUUUUUUUGCUGACCCCCACCCUCGCCGAUUCUUUCCAGCCCUUCACUGUCCCGUCACCUCUCCUCCCACCUCCUCCAGCCCCUCCAGAGGAGCACAGGGGAUCGGACCCACGGGGCCCCGCGCCUCCCGGACCAGCGGAGGGACGCAGACCUCGGGAUCGCUGUCGGUGGGAAGCAGACAUCCACAGAUGUACCUGUGUAUUUGAUUUUAGUGGGCGAGGGGGCUUCGAGAGGCGCCCACCGCCCUCCUUUCCCCACCCCCUCCAGCCAGCCCCUCCAGCCAGAGGCGAACAUCGCAGGACUCAGGAUAUUUAUCGGGUGGACUCGCUGGGAUCUCCGCAUUGGAUUUGGGGCUGAUUAUCACUGCUUGGGUAUUAUUACUGUUGUUAUUUUUAUUUUACCCAAGGGAGAAAGACAAAAAGAAACAAAAACACCAAACAACCAACCACAAAAAACCUGUGGGAUUUAUUUAACAUGAUCUUGGCAAACGCCUUCUGCCUCUUCUUCUUUCUAGAGGAGACCCUCCGCUCUUUGGCCAGCCCUUCCUCCCUGCAGGGCCCCGAGCUGCACGGCUGGCGCCCCCCAGUGGAUUGUGUCCGGGCCAAUGAGCUGUGUGCCGCCGAAUCUAACUGCAGCUCCCGCUACCGCACGCUGCGGCAGUGCCUGGCGGGCCGGGACCGCAACACCAUGCUGGCCAACAAGGAGUGCCAGGCGGCCCUGGAGGUCCUGCAGGAGAGCCCGCUGUACGACUGCCGCUGCAAGCGGGGUAUGAAGAAGGAGCUGCAGUGCCUGCAGAUCUACUGGAGCAUCCACCUGGGGCUGACGGAGGGUGAGGAGUUUUACGAGGCCUCGCCCUAUGAGCCGGUGACCUCACGCCUCUCGGACAUCUUCAGGCUUGCUUCAAUCUUCUCAGGGACAGGGGCGGACCCGGCGGUCAGCGCCAAGAGCAACCACUGCCUGGAUGCUGCCAAGGCCUGCAACCUGAAUGAAAACUGCAAGAAGCUGCGCUCCUCUUACAUCUCCAUCUGCAACCGCGAGAUCUGUAACCGCCGCAAGUGCCACAAGGCCCUGCGUCAGUUCUUCGACCGGGUGCCCAGCGAGUACACCUACCGCAUGCUCUUCUGCUCCUGCCAGGACCCGGGCUGUGCCGAGCGCCGUCGGCAGACCAUCCUGCCCAGCUGCUCCUACGAGGACAAGGAUAAGCCCAAUUGCCUGGACCUGCGCAGCGUGUGCCGCACCGACCACCUGUGCCGGUCUCGGCUGGCGGACUUCCAUGCCAAUUGUCGCGCCUCCUACCAGAUGCUCACCAGAUGCCCUGCUGACAAUUACCAGGCGUGUCUGGGCUCCUAUGCUGGCAUGAUUGGGUUUGACAUGACGCCCAACUACGUGGACUCCAGCCUCACUGGCAUUGUGGUGUCCCCCUGGUGCAGCUGUCGUGGUAGUGGGAACAUGGAGGAAGAGUGUGAGAAGUUCCUCAGGGACUUCACUGAGAACCCCUGCCUUCGGAACGCCAUCGAGGCCUUCGGCAAUGGCACAGAUGUGAACCUCUCCCCUAAGAACCCCUCACUCCAGGCCACGCAGGCCCCGCGGGCAGAAAAGACGCCUUCUUUGCCAGAUGACCUCAGUGAUAGCACCAGCCUGGGGACCAGCGUCAUUACCACCUGCACGUCUGUCCAGGAGCAGGGGCUGAAGGCCAAUAGCUCUAAAGAGUUAAGCAUGUGCUUCACAGAGCUCACGACCAACAUCAUCCCAGGGAGUAACAAGGUGAUCAAACCGGAGUCAGGCCUCUGCAGAGCCAGGCCUUCAGCCGCCUUGACCGCUGUUUCCUUCCUGAUGCUGAAGCUGGCCUUGUAGGCUCUGGGCACCACGUCUGGAGAUGACCGAAAACUAUGCGGACAAGGGCAGCCGCCUGACGAAAUGGAAACACACACGCACGCACGCACGCACGCACACACGCACACACCUUGCAAAAAAAAUUUUUCCCACCUUGUCUCUGAACCUGUCUGCUCCCAGGUUUCUUCUCUGGAGAAGUUUUUCUAAACCAAACAGACAGCAGGCGGGCGGCCUGAGAGCCACGUGGAGAUCCCCUGGCAAGGGCACCCCAGGGCCAAGGAGGGCACGAGGGUCUAGACAUGCCCUGCCCUUUCUUCUGGUAUUUUCCUCUCUGGACCAUGCUGUCGGAAGAGACCAAGACGAGACCCUGUGGCCCAAGGGACUUGUGGCUGUGCCUGAUGCAGUCUGGGCAGGACAGUGGCCGCUGCUCUUAUCAAGCUGCCCACUCUGGCGACCUGCUGGGGGCUGGCAGGGGGCGAAAGGUGAUGGAGCAGGGAGGCGGGCUCUUGUGGUCCAGUUGGGCACCUUUAGCCCCUCCACGUGGCUUCAACAGUGGAGUUUAUUUUGCCCUCCCUCUUGGGCCGGGCAGAUGUGCGCCUGACCUGUGGAGGUCUGUGACACAGGUCCCCCCUCUCCCACUGUAGCAAAGGGGGCUGGGCAGCUCCAGGGGCUUGGGAGCUCAGCCCACCCAGGAGACCCUCUGGGACAGAGGGAGCAAAACUCGGGCUCUGCUCUGAGCUGCUGCUUGCACCUUGGUGGCAGGAAUUUUGAAAUCAAAGAGAAAUGAUUCUUUAUUGGCUCUUUUGGUUUUUCGUGGGUCCAUUUGGUGGGUUUCCCUUUGGAGAGAGGAGCUGCUGAGAGGGGCAGAAAAGACCACGGUGGUAUGUGUACUGCCCCACUCUCUGGUCUCCGCAGCUCUCUCUCCCCUCUUCCGCCUUCUGUUUCCUCAUUUCCGAGAUGUACACCAACUGUAUGUACACACACAUUUUCCUUCUCAACAUAUAUGUAUAUACACAUCCAUAUACAUAUAUUGCGUGGUUCCCGUUUCUUUCCUUUUUUUAAGAAACAAAACUAUCAAAAUAAUACCCCCACAGAUGAGCGAAAUGUAUUAUUGUAAAGUUUAUUUUUUUUAUAACGUUGUCUAUAAUGGGAUAAAAGGAGAUUGACUUGCUGUGUCCCGGCCUAUCGGGCUGCCAGGCCGUGAAAGAGGGCUUCUGAUCGUACUCACGCUGAGCCCAGGCUCUAAUAAACGUCCUA